AUGUUUCCUUAUGGCUGGGCUAUCAUUCAAAGAAGACACAAUGAGGAACGGCAACGGACUGCGAGAAGGAUAGCGCAUCGCCAUAUUCGGGACCAUUCCAACCCUUUCGACGUGCCUGCAGAGGUUUUUACCAAAUUAUACAGGCUCUCCAAAAGAACUGCGCAUUUUUUAGUGGAGUGUCUUCACCAGAAUUUAAAUCGACAAAGGCAGCACGGAAUUCCUGUGCAUAUCAAAGUUUUGGCUUCACUCCAUUUCUUUGGACAUGGCGGCUACCAAACAAUGGUUGGGCAGGGGCAGUAUUUAGGUUUAAGUCAGCCAUCUGAAAGCAAAUGCUUACAAGAAGUUGCUGAUGAAAUUAUAACUGUUUUAUUGAACGGAGACUCUGGAUAUGCCCAACUGCCUUGGCUGAUGACCCCAUAUGCUGAUGCGAAUGAAAAUACACCUGAGGCUAGAUAUAACUUAGCGCAUACCAAAACGAGGGUUCUUAUUGAAAAAUGUUUUGGAGUGAUGAAAACAAGAUUUAGAUGCAUUCACAAGCACAGGAUGUUGCAUUAUGACUCCGUGAAGGCAUCUAAAAUAAUAGCAGCUGUAGUUGUUCUCCAUAACGUGGCAAUUAAGAGAAAUGAACCUUUACCAGAUGAAUUGGAACUCGAAGACAGAUUGCGGCCAGCAGAUGAUCCUCCCAGGGAUAUGAAUUUUUUAAAUGUGGCAAGAAAUAUUCGAAAUAACAUCACAAGACAAUACUUUGCAUGA